AUGCCGCGGAGACAGGACCUCGAGCGUACCGAUCCCGAUGCCUUCAUGGACGAAGAGGAGCUGCGAGCUCGUUCCGCGCCCGAUCGUACAGGCUCUUUCAUCACCAAGAAGCUCGCACUCGGUGCGCUCUCCUACUGCUGGCUCACCGCUGAGCAUCCCGACCCCAGGGGCGAGCAGCUCGUUUCGCUGGCUGCUGCGAUCGAGGCAGCAGAGGCGGGUGAUCAGGCUUUCCCGGGCGAGGCGGCCUUCUUCAUUGACUUCGCCUCGCUGCCUCAAAAGGGGCCCGGCGGACGGCGCACUCCCGCAGAGGCGGCUGCCUUUAGCGCGGCCCUAGGCAACAUGCAGAUAUGGUAUUCGCACCCUCUGGUGACGGCCUUCAUCGCCAGGUCACUCCCCUCCGGCCACGAGAAGGUGUUGCCACUCUGCCGCAACUUGCGCAAGCUUUGGCUUUUCGAGAAUCACAUCGGCGACGACGGCGUCGCUGCUCUCGCCAAGGCCGCGCUCGGCGGCGCGCUUUCGACGUUGGAGGACCUUCACUCUGAUCUCAAGCUCAAGGGGAACCGGAUCGGCGACGACGGCGUGCAGGUCCUGGCGGCCGCCAUGUGUGGAGACGGCGGCGAGGCUGGCAGCUUACCGAGCUUAAAGUUGCUCAACCUCUCGAGCAAUCGAGUUGGUGACUUCGGGGCGAAGGCCUUGGCGAACGCGAUGGCGAGCGGGGCAAUGCCCAGCCUCGGCCUGCUCUACUUGGGCAGCAACCGCAUCGGUGACGCGGGCCUUUGCGCGCUGGCAUCGGCGUCGGCGUCCGCAUCCGGCCUCGAGCAGCUCUACCUCGAGCACAACCAGAUUGGUGCCUUCGAACGCCUCGAGCACCUUGCGCUCGACCACAACAACAUCGGCGACAACGGCGUCCGCGCCCUUGGCACAGCCGCGUGCGAGGGUGCGCUGCCCGCCUGCCGGGUAAUCAGCCUGAACGGCAACCCGUUACUGAGCGAGGAGGCGCAGGAAAAGCUGCGCGGUCGAGGGGUGAGGACGUGA